AAACAGAGCCAGAAAAAAAAGAAAAAAGUAUAUAUAUAUAUAUAUAUAUAUAUAUAUAUAUAUAUAUAUAUAUAUAUAUAUAUAUAUCUUAUUCACCCUUGCAUUUCCCCAACCACUUUCAGGACGAAGCGUCGUGGGACUGGUGGAUUCGGAAGGAGCUAAUAGGCGGACGGGACAUGCUCAUGCCCGAAGUCCCUCGCACGAGACACAUGGGCGCCGGGGGAGUCCACAUCUCAGGUUUCGAUCAGAUUCUCUUCAGCAGUCAGCCGAUCACCAAUGACUCUCACACGGUCAUCGAUGUCGACAGCGCCCUAACACCCACUUACCAAGAGCGCCUUCAGGAGGAGCUGCAUUCCGCGCUCGUGGUUGUGAUAAGGUCUCAUCCCUGCGAAGACGUGCCGCUGCCCACGCAUCAGACCAACAAGCAUUACGUCAUUUACAUAUACCAACCGACCCAGAGUGAUAUUUACCAUUCGUACUUCGUCAUUGCCCAGUGUCUUGGCAUCAACGAACGCGACAUGCACGAGAGUUACAUGAUGCUGGUAACUUUCCCCUUCUACGGCAACCAGGUCUACGUGGUGGCCUGUCCUAACUCUCCUUACUGCCACCCUCGCCAUCCUUCCCAGAUCUACCAUGCCACGGAGGAUGACGUCGACAUAGCGAAGGCGAAUCCUUUCAGAAUGCCUCUCCUUCAGGUGUCCUACGGGAUUAGGACGCCCGCCAAGGAUCCUUGGGACGAGUUUACACUAAUGAACCGUCUUGUCGUUAACUAUACGAUAGGAAGUGAUAAUAGGUAGAGGGUUGCCUCAGGGAUGAAAAAUCUAGUUUUUUUUUCAUUGAAAAAUGUAUAUACACUUCUGUGAAAAAAAUGAAAUGUAAAUAACAAUAAAAAAUAUUUGUUCACUUGGUGCUUUAUUAACCU